GAAAUCAACAUGAAACCAACUUGUCAUGCAAAUCUUCGAUCAUGAAUGAAGACCCAAAUAAUGAAUUACAACAAGAGCGCUGAUUGAUUUUCGUCUUGUUUACAUCUUGGGGAACAAGGAAAAGCCCCCCUUUUGACCCACGGUGAUUCAAUGACUUUUGGGCCACGUUCUCGUCGUUGUUUAUGGGGUCUUGUGUGGGGGUUACUCAAUCUAAAAAGGGCAUUUAACAUACAUAGCUUAUCAACUCUACGGCCAUUAAUGUUGUAUCGCUAUUGAAGGCAAGUCGUCGAUCAAAUAAAAUAAAAAGGAUGGUUUGGAUAUAUCUUUUGUUGCUCUCAAUGGUCCAGUCAAUCUACACACAGACGGUGUCUAGAUUCCAGAACCCCUGGGUGACAGUCGUCAGGCGGCAUUCUUGUUCUAUAGUGGAAUGCAACAUCGGGGAGACUUGUGAUUUAUCUUAUGAAAAUUGUCGUCCGUCUGGUCCGUGUCUGCUGAAACAGCCAACCUGUGUUUCAGCCUUUAACUCAGCUAGACCAGGCUCUUGUCCUAGCCCCCGAUACAGCAUGGUGCCAAGGUUCACUGUAGAUUGCUUUGAUGACGCCGGAUGUGACGCACCUCAAAUAUGUUGCCAUAGUUACUACGGAAGUUAUUGUUGGCUUCCGAAUGGGCGACGGACCGGAAGAUCACUAAUACCUAGAAUAACCGAGGCUCGACGAAAUGCUAACCGAAGACGAACCAGAGCGGGGUAGUUUAAAAAAAAUCACACACACCAAUGUCCCCCAACUUACAUUGUUAGAGACUUAUAAACAUGCGAAUAAGCGAAAUAUACAGAUCUUUCAGUAUAAAUUUCUAAAUUGACAGAAUAACAGAGAUCACGACAUUAUGUCUCGAUGAUAUAUUAUAUAACAAAGAAGGAUACCAAGAAAGAGAUGGCACUGACUUUUUCUAUUUUCGUUCAUUGUGAAUCUACGAAGUUAUCAUAGAUAAAAUUAUCAUUUUUGUUUCCAUUGCGGACAUAAUGUGUUUUGAAUGAAGAAAAUAACUUUUAUCACGCAAAAUGAAAUGCCAAAGAAAGAAUUCAGCCAGGAACUGCACGAGAAUUAUGAUCUCCUAUACAUGUACUUUUUGAUAAUUUAGAUAUGUAUUUUUUUUUACACUCGAUUCUGAUAACAUGUUGAAAGAGUUUGACACAAAGGGUAACUGUCACAGGGUUGCCAAAUUGUAUGUAAUGUUCUUGUUUAUUGCAAUGUUUACUGUCCUUUGACAUAUUUAACGUAUAUGAAUAAUUCAUAUCAUGAUUUUCAGAAGGACAGUUGAAUACAUAUAUGUACUGUAGUUUCAAUAUCAAUAUUCUUUGAACACCAAUUUUCGUGGGGUUCGCUGUUGUCGAUCCACAAAACACAGUUUGAAAUACUAUAUCUUGUAAUAUGGUGUAUUCAUUGGAUUCAUUUGAUUUUACAUUUUCUUACAACUUGACGUGUCUUUGAACUAAAAACACGAAAUCGACGCUAAAAUUGAUACCCACGAAUAUUAACGAAACCACACUUUUCUGUUACGUGUAGAUAUAGACGGUUAGUUUCAUUUUUGGAAAAAAGAAUUUGUUAUAAUUUUUAUAUCUACCAUUUAUGUUAAUGUACUAUUUUUGUAUAUUACAUUAAUGAUAAAAAGAAGCUUCCCUGGUUCUGAUAAUCUUGAGCGAAUGAUGAUAUACUGAAUCAAAAUUUUGUUUGGUUUUGGUAUAUUUGUAUAAGUAUUGUUAGAAUGUGUGUGUGUGUGUGUGUAUAUAUAUAUAU